AUGAGGCUCUUGGCUGAAUUUAGUCGAUACUCCGGGCUGAGGAUCAACAACAGCAAGUCGGAGCUUUUCCUUAGUGGAAUGAGAGCUUCUGAAGCUGACAGAAUUUGCUCUGUCUUCGGACUGACUCGCGGGCGACUUCCUGUGCGAUACUUGGGUGUCCCGCUAUCACCGCGAAGACUGUCACGAGAGGAUUACUUGCCCCUGAUUAACAAGAUCAAAGCCAAACUCUCAGCUUGGUCAGCCAAAGUCCUUUCUUCAGCUGGGAAAGUGCAGCUAAUAGCCUCGGUUAUUUAUGGGUUGGUGAAUUCAUGGAGCCUAGUAUUUAUGUUGCCCAAGUUUUUGUUGCGACAGAUAGAUAGUAUGUGCUCACGGUUCCUAUGGAGCAACAAGCAGGAGUCUAAUUCUGGACACAGAAUCGCGUGGAAGGACAUCUGUCAACCAAAGAGGGAAGGAGGAUUGGGACUUCUAAAGCUCGAGGAGAUGAACAUCACAUUUCGUCUAAGGCUGAUCUGGAAACUACUCAAGCUAAGAGACUUAGCGAGGACCUUCAUCAAGGUGAAAGUUGGUAACGGUUUAAGAACUUCAUUUUGGUUUGAUAGCUGGACGGACAAGGGCCCCCUGAUCUUGUUUGUCGGGGAAGCGGGGCCUAGACUCUUGCAGGUUCCUCGUCAUGCGCUGGUAAGCGAGGCGGCUCCAGCUGGAAGUUGGAGAUUUCCGGCUGCACGAACCGAUAGGAUUCUUGAACUUCAGCUGGCCAUUUUAACGCUGCCACCACCAGUCCACAGCGGAGAUGAAGAUGUUUAUCUAUGGCGGCAGAAAUCUGGUCACUAUCGGGGGGUCUUUAACUCAGCAAGCACUCGCGAUCCAGAAGAGACUGCCUACAAGAGAUCGCCUAAUCUCUUGGGGCAUGACUAUCCCAAGUAUGUGCCCCCUUUGUAA